AUGUCCGCCCACGGCAACAACAACGAGCCUUUCACAGACUCCAGUUCGGACUUCACAGAAUACUGGAUCGACUUGUUCCUCGGUAUAAAGGGCAACGAGUACUUCUGCGACAUCGACGAUGACUACAUCCGUGACAGAUUCAACCUCACAGGACUUAACCAAGAAGUGGCUAAGUUGCCCACUUUGGUGGAUAUAAUAACCGACAUGGUUGACAUCGAGCUGCAGCCUGAAGAGCACAGAGACAGCUUGGAACAUAAUGCUCGUGUGUUGUAUGGCUUGGUUCAUGCGAGAUACAUUUUGACUCAACGUGGUCUUAACAAGAUGUUUGAGAAGUAUAAGAAUGGCGAUUUUGGAUACUGCCCACGAGUGAAUUGCCAGUUGCAUCCUUUGUUGCCUGUAGGUCUUGAAGAUCUGCCCCGCUCUACCUCUGUAAAGCUAUACUGUGCCAAAUGCGAGGACUUGUACAACCCUAAGUCUGGCCGCCACGCAAUCAUAGACGGUGCCUACUUCGGCACCUCUUUCCCCGCCAUGUUUUUCCAGAAUUUCACACAUGCCAUGCCUGUGCAUAGCAAGGAGACGUAUGUGCCUAAAGUCUUUGGUUUCAAGGUGCAUGAGCACUCCAACCUUGACCGCUGGAGAAGCUUGCAGAGAAGAAAGCUCGAGACGAGACUCACGGGCUACGGCAUCGAUAUACACAACACUAGCGGAGGCUUCGUUGAGGAGGCUGCUCCUGAAGCCCGCGCGGAAACCACCUGA